AUGUCCUCCGACACGCAUCCAGAUCCAAGUUCUGCUACCGAACAUCUCACGCAUGAAGAUCCAAAUCGACGGAACUCGACGGACUCUGAUAUAAUCCACUACCUCUACUUUGAAGACAACGACGGCUUCUUUCCACCAAGUUGGAUCGGAAAAGAGUUAGAGCGGCGACCCUCAAGCGAACAUACGGGCAACGACAUUGGCACUAAAGAGACUAGCACUAGUGCUUUCAAGGGAAGCACAUAG